AUGGACCUCACCAAGGUUCGCGUCAGAGGCAAGCGCAAAACACCUGCCACCAGCCGGCCCCGGUCAUUACAAGAGCAGCCGCCCGCAAAGGCCCUGCGGACUAGGAAGUCAUUGUCCUCCGUCAUGGCCGCCCGAGCGACGCGCCAGCGGAGCACGCUCGACUCUCUCCCGGGGGAAAUUCUCGAGAACAUCCUCCUUUACAGCGCCAAUCUCAGCCUGCCCCUGGUGAGCAACUACAUUGGCAUGAAGCUUUCGGGACGGGCUACUCUGUUGCGUCUCUUCAUCCGGGCGUUUCAUGAGACGUGGGACCAAUGGUUCGGCAUCCCGACCAAUCCUGCGAUUGUCCAUGGACCUUGGUUAGAAGAUGCCCAACAUGUCCCCUGCUGUGGAGAUCCCGUAUUCCAGGUUGGCCAUGACUAUGACGGGGGUUUCUGUCACUUCAAUGCUCGAGAAUGCUUCGAAGCAGAUUACCAGCAAGCCAUCAAAUGGCCAGCCUUUGCCGCCCGAGGCGUUCAUUGGUUUUCGCAAGAUAUACACCCCUUGACACGUAUUCCGGAUAGGCUCACUACCGGCCCGUGGGAUGACGAAUCGCAGCGGCAACUCUUUUGGCUCUGUCGCGGCGGUUACAUGACUUGCGGAAAACUCAUAGUCCAGCCUCCUUGGGAAGUCAAGAUGGAGCUGAUUCGCAACUCCAUGCUGAAUGCCGAGGUGCCCAAUCUGCUAGCCAUCAACUGCCUCUAUCGCACCUGGGUGUUUGACGGCCUGCCCUCAGACGUUGUGAGGAAGGAGGUUGUCGGGCUGGAACGUCGAAUUCAAUGGGGAGGCGAUCCACACCAGACUAGAGAUCUGUUACGACGAGUCCGAAGCGCCUUUUUCUUCUCACUGCAUAUGCCCGAGGAUCUUCUAGUUAGACGGACCGACAUCUAG